AUGGCCGAUAACGGAGACAGAAGUGAAAGCCCGACCAAUACUUCGCCCGAUGAAGACGACGCGCUGUAUGGGCAUGGCCAUUUUUUUGUCAAGAAAACGUUUCAUAAGCCGACUUAUUGUCACCACUGCACGGAUAUUCUGUGGGGGCUCAUCGGUGUUGGUUAUGUUUGCGAGGUAUGCAACUUUGUCGUACAUGAUCGCUGUCUGAAAACGGUGGUCUCCCCUUGCUCUAGUAUUGCAAUCAGUCUUAUCAAAAAUCCAGUGGCCCAUUGUUGGUCAGAGCCUAGUCACUUCAAACGAAAAUUCUGCAAUGUUUGCAGAAAACGUUUGGAGGAUAGCUUGUCUAUUCGCUGUGAAAUAUGUGAAUAUUAUGCACACCUGGAGUGUCAGGACUUUGUGGUGAGUGACUGUAUGGAGUGUGCCACAUACUUCCCUCAGAGAGACAGGAAUGUCACCCAUUACCACCACUGGCGUGAAGGCAACCUUCCCCCCAACUCCAAGUGUGUUGCAUGCAAAAAGACCUGCUGGUCAUCAGAAUGCCUGGCAGGAAUGAGAUGUGAAUGGUGCGGAGUUACGGCCCAUGCCACUUGCUACAAAUCUCUCCCUGUUGAGUGCAAAUUUGGAAGUUUACGAGAAAUCCUGCUACCAUCUAGUUGCCUGACCAUACCUCGGCUUGAUGUUCCCAUGGAAACCAUUCUGGGAAUCAGUAGAAAGUCAACUCGCACUGUCUCUGAAGAGUGGUCUUCUAGUGGUGAUUCAAAAACAGAGGAUGAAGAGAGAGAGCGAAGGUCUCCCAGAGAGAAAGAUGGAAAAGAUAAAGAUAAAGAAGACUGGGAAAUAAUCCGAGUGUUUGAUGGCAAUGCCUCCCUGAAGAAACGGCUGUACCGAACUAUCUCUGUUCCACGGAAUGCAAAUGUACAGGCUAUUCUGGAGGCAGCUCUUAAAACAUUCCACAUAUCUGACGACCCCAAAAAUUAUUAUGUCACUGAAGCAUCAGAGUCAAGGGAAAGAGAGUUGCAGGAAAACAUGCCAGUUCGGUCUCAAUUAAAAACACCAGAUGGAAAACGGCCUUCCAUAUUCUUGAGGUACAAAGAAAAGAAGGACAGUGCUGUCAUGAAAGUUUAUCCAGGCGGUCUGAGGGUCAGCUGUAGCUACAAAAAUAUUGUAGUCAAUAAAGAUACAACCACAGAGGAGGUGAUUUUAACUUCGCUGAGAAAGUUUGGUGUUGAGGAUAAAGACCCAGAGAGCUUUGAUCUGAUAGAGGUGUUGUUGGACAAGGGUGUCACAGAGAGAAAAGUUGACCGCAACACCAAACCAUUUCAGAUCAUUGUUCAGAGCAGAAAGGAGUCCCUGCGGCAGAACCGCAUGACCAGGUUUUACCUGCAGCAGAAGGAGGACCCGCAUGGACCCAGUAUAUCCCUGUAUGUGGGUAAUCUGCCCACUGGCUUGUCCCAGAGACAGUAUGAGAAGAUUCUCCUGGAUAUCAUUGGCCGAGAGAACAAGUGGGACAGAUUUGAUGGCAUAUACUAUGAGUAUGGAUCACUGGUCUUAGUCUACACAAAACCAGAGCUGGCAACCACAGUGUUCAAUCUGCUGCAGGAGGCCACCUUUGAUGACAAGCAGUUGCUGGCUCUAUUGUUACCUAAUAUACAACCUCACAUGAUUCCAGACUAUGUGAAACCCUUGAUGAUUUUUGUCAAUGUCAAAAGUGGUGGAUGUCAGGGACUAGAUCUGAUCACCUCCUUCCGAAAACUCCUCAACCCUCAUCAAGUCUUCAACCUGGAGAAUGGGGGACCUCUACCAGGGUUAUAUGUAUUCCGAAAUAUUCCAUACUACAAAAUUCUGGUAUGUGGUGGUGAUGGGACUGUCGGGUGGGUUCUCUCCUGUCUUGACAAUGUGGGUCAGGAUGCCGAGUGCCAGUCUCCACCCAUGGCUAUUGUCCCACUUGGCACAGGCAAUGAUUUAGCCAGGGUGUUGCGGUGGGGCCCUGGCUACACAGGUGGGGAAGAUCCUCUGAAUGUACUUCGUGAUGUCAUAGAUGCAGAAGAGAUCAAACUCGAUCGCUGGACCGUCAUUUUUCACCCCAAUGAGAAGGAGCAGGACGAAACCAAAGUAGCCAUUGCUAACGAUACUAACAGUGCUAGCACAACAGAGGACCCGACCAGCAUCUUUGUCAUGAACAACUACUUUGGGAUUGGCAUUGAUGCAGAGCUUUGUCUGGACUUCCACAUGGCAAGAGAAGAGAAGCCAGAUAAGUUUAACAGCAGGUUACACAAUAAAGGUGUAUAUCUGAAAAUGGGCUUGCGGAAGAUGGUGAACCGCAAAACCUGUAAGGAUCUCUACAGGUACAUCAAGGUGGAGAUUGACGGCAAGCCCAUAGAACUACCUCCCGUAGAGGGCAUUAUAAUUCUCAAUAUACUCAGCUGGGGCUCAGGUGCCAACCCCUGGGGCCCAGAGAGAGAGGACCAGUUCAACAAGCCAACCCAUUACGAUGGCAACUUGGAGAUUGUGGGGGUCACAGGCGUGGUUCAUAUGGGCCAAAUUCACAGUGGUUUACGUCAUGGUAUUCGCAUAGCACAGGGAGGGCAUUUGCGUAUUACAUUGCUGUGCGACAUGCCCGUUCAAGUGGAUGGGGAACCAUGGAUCCAACCUGCUGGACAGGUCAUUGUGUUGAGGUCAGCACUCAAGGCCACCAUGUUAAAGAAAAGCAAAAGUAAGAUCAAGAGAAGGAACACGGAACCCAGCAUCUUCUUCCCAGAGAAUGAACCCUUGCAAGCCUCCUCCCCUACAGAAGAUUCUAGUGGGCCUCUUUAA